AUGUAUAGACCAAAUUCAAAAUGGACCUGGACAUUCACCUUAGUCGCCCUUGUCCAGGCCGGUAUAAUCCUCGCAUUCGAGAGUUACGUCUUCGCCCACUUCCAGAUCCAUCUUAGAGGAGUCGGCGCGACAAACACGACUGCUUCGCGUACAAUCCCCACCUUUUUGACGCUGUACAUUUUCGGAUUCGUUUACCAACUUGUUCUGGUCUGGGACGCCCUCCGAAUGAAAAAUACCAUUCAAGUCAUUGGCCUGAUCAUGUACAACGUCGGACUUCUCAUCUAUGGCUCUGUGCAAAUGGAACAGAUCAAGGAUGCGGUUUUCCAGUUGGCAGAAGAUGACUUUAUCCGUCGGGAAAUCUGGCGAGACACCCAACCAUUCUUGAUCGCCAUUCCAUGUAUCUUGGCCUUGGGAACUGUAUUCAUGUCAGUCUGCGCCUGGAAAUUAUACGACGAAUUUGCCUGGACGAUCUACAAACGCAUCUCGGCUGAUCUGAGGAUGAAGCGUCGCUAUCUUCAGUACCAGGUCUAUAUCGCGUUGUUGAAGUUCGACUUUUUCUUUUUCCUCGGAUUCACAGUUCAAUUCGUGGUCAUUGUCACGCAGCGCCAAAUCGAAUUUGCCUUGACCAUUGCCGCUAUCCCGGUCACUAUCCUCAUUCUUCUUGCCGCCGGUUGGUUCGUCCGCAAAGAAAGUCUCUGGGGUACCAUUGGAGUUAUCAUCCUCUACUUUGGUGGCCUCGCUUACUUCAUUUUCAAAUUGGUCCGCAUGUACUCGCCAUCCCAUCGAGAUGCCUACCUCCCUGCUAGGAAAGAACUCACCACUUUCGCCGUCUUGACCCUCGUUCUUAUAGUCCUGACCAUUAUUGGCGCAUGCCUAUGCGCCAAUAACUACAACCGCGGUCUGAAACCCUACGUGAACAAACCGACAAGCAUUGACGACGACGAAAAGCCCAUGGGAAGCGCUUAUGCCCCGUACGCCACCGAGAUGGAACCUGGUGUCAAUGGGAAGUUACCGGCAGUAAGGCCUUCAGCGAGCAGGAUUGAGAUUGAUUGA